GGAGUUGGGAGCCCAUACCCGACCUCGAUGCUUUCCCCGGUUCUUCCAUUCCCUAGUACUAGUGUAGCUAUUUCAGAGUCUUCGUGCCAGCCCUUCCCCGGAGGCCCCUGGCGCCCCCCCACCCCUUCCUCUCCUGGCGAGAGUGCACACAGUCUUUUUGUACAGUCUUGGUCCCAUCUAGUGGGCGUUUUCCCCUUCUUUCGUCCCCAUUGUCCGUAGAGAGAGUGUUGGGUCCGACCGCCUACCGACGACAAUGGAGAUGGCGCCCUCGACGACCUCCUCCUCUUCUUCCCUUGAAGGGUCCCCGAUGACCUUCCCAUCACACCUGCCGCCAACCCCUCCGCUGCAGGAUUUUGACGAAUAUCAGAAACAAGGUCUCAGCCUGCCGACAGAUGGCCUCGGACGAUCCGUCCCUCCGUACCCUCUCCCUCCGCCGUCGAGGCAGAACAAGGUGCUGCCCGAGGACCUCAAAACGCCGGAUGACCACGUGGAGCGGGACCCCCGCCUGAUCCGGCUCACCGGAGUCCACCCCUUCAACGUCGAGCCCCCCCUGACCGACCUCUUUGACGAAGGCUUCCUGACCACCAAGGACCUGCACUACGUCCGCAACCAUGGCGCCGUCCCCCGGGUCGAGGACUCAUCCGUGCUCGACUGGGACUUCACCGUCGAGGGCAUGGUCGCCCACCCGAUCACGCUCACGCUGCGCGACCUGAUCCGGACGUACGACCAGGUGACGUACCCGGUCACCCUGGUGUGCGCGGGCAACCGGCGCAAGGAGCAGAACGUGGUGCGCAAGACCAAGGGUUUCUCGUGGGGUGCCGCCGGCCUGUCGACGGCGCUGUGGACGGGCGUCGCCCUGCCCGACCUCCUCGCCCGCGCCGCCCCGCUGCGCGGUGCGCGGUACGUCUGCUUCGAGGGCGCCGACCGCCUGCCCAACGGCUGCUACGGCACCUCGGUCCGCCUCGGCUGGGCCACGGACCCGGCGCGUGGCAUCAUGCUCGCCCACCGCAUGAACGGCGAGCCGCUGCCCCCGGACCACGGCAAGCCCCUCCGCGUCAUCAUCCCGGGCCAGAUCGGCGGCAGGAGCGUCAAGUGGCUCAAGCGCAUCAUCGUCACGGCGAAGCCCAGCGACAGCUGGUACCACAUCUACGACAACCGCGUGCUGCCCACCGUGAUCAGCCCCGAGGAGAGCGCCGACCGGCCCGACGUCUGGAAGGACGAGCGGUACGCCAUCUACGACCUCAACACCAACAGCGCCAUCUGCUAUCCGGCGCACGACGAGAGGGUGCCGCUCGGGAUCGCGCGCGGGGACGCGGCGACGUACAAGCUGCGGGGGUACGCCUACGCCGGCGGCGGCAAGAGGGUGACCCGUCUGGAGGUGACGCUCGACCAGGGCCGGACGUGGAUGCUGGCGACCAUGUCGUACCCGGAAGACCUGUACCGGCUCGCGCCCGAGGGGGAGACGCUGUUUGGCGGGAGGCUGGACGUGUCCUGGCGCGAGACGUGCUUCUGCUGGUGCUUCUGGUCGCUGGACGUGCCGCUGUCGCGGCUGCGAGACGCCCGCGACGUCAUGAUCCGGGCGAUGGACGAGUCCAUGAUGGUGCAGCCGCGGGACAUGUACUGGAGCGUGCUGGGCAUGAUGAACAACCCAUGGUACCGGGUCGUCAUCCACAAGGAGAGCGACACGUUGCGAUUCGAGCACCCCACCCAGCCGGCGCUGAUGCCCGGCGGUUGGAUGGAGCGGGUCAAGAAAGAAGGGGGCAACCUUACCAAUGGGUUUUGGGGCGAGAAGGUGGGCGGCCAGGACGCGGCGCCGGCCGACGAGGCUCCCGCCGCCAAAGAGAUCAGCAUGGUAAACGAGAAGGUCACCCGCCGCAUCACCCCCGAAGAACUCCGCCAGCACUCGGGCGAGGAUGAGCCGUGGUUCGUCGUCAACGGCCAGGUCUAUGACGGCACCAAGUUCCUCGAAGGCCAUCCCGGCGGCGCCGCCUCCAUCAUCAACGCCGCGGGACAAGACGUGAGCGAGGAGUUCCUCGCGAUUCACAGCGAGAACGCCAAGGCCAUGAUGCCGAGUUACCACAUUGGCACGCUGCCGGCCUCGGCCGACCUCUCCGAGGAGCCCUCGGACGAGGCGGUCUCCUCCUCCUCCGCCGUCUUCCUCCAACCCAAAACCUGGCGCCGCGCCCUCCUCGCCUCCAAGACGGCCGUAUCACCGGACACCAAGGUCUUCCACUUCACCCUGCCCUCGCCGGCGCAGGCCGUCGGCCUCCCGGUGGGCCAGCACCUCCUCGUCCGCCUGCGCGACCCGGUCACGCGCGAGGCCAUCAUCCGCGCCUACACGCCGCUGUCCGAGGGCGGCGAGGUGGGCACCCUGCGCGUGCUCGUCAAGAUCUACCGCGACUCGCCCGACGGGUCGCGCAAGGGCGGCCGCAUGACGCAGGCGCUCGACUCCCUGCCCGUCGGCCACCCCGUCGAGUUCAAGGGCCCCGUGGGCAAGUUCGAGUACCUGGGCGCGGGGAGGUGCGUCGUCGGCGGCCGGGAGCGGACGGUCGCCCGGUUCGUCAUGGUCUGCGGCGGGUCCGGCGUGACCCCCAUCUUUGCCGUCCUCCGGGCCGUGGCGAGGGGCGAGCGGGACGAGACGGCGUGUCUGGUGCUCGACGGCAACCGCGGGGAAGGGGACAUCUUGCUGCGCGAGGAACUGGAUGGGCUGGUGCGGGAGAGCCGGGGGAGGUGUAGGAUUGUGCACGCUCUGAGCAGGCCGAGAGACGGGUGGAAGGGGUUGAAGGGGCGGAUGGAUAGGGCCUUCUUCGAGAGGGAGGUUGGCGCUCCGCCGGCCGAAAGGAACGCGAUGGUAUUAAUUUGCGGGCCCGAAGGCAUGGAGAAGGCAGCGAGGGAAGCAUUCUUGGGGAUGGGCUGGGAUGAGGACGAUCUCCUUUUCUUUUAGUUUAGCAUCAUGACAUGAACUUUGGAAGGGCGACGUGGCGUUGGCAGGCGUCGGGAAAAUGCAUGGUCCCGGUAUUCUUGUUUUUGAUUCUAAGAGGGAGGGGGGGAAGGGGGAGAGAAAUGUAAAGAAAAGGGCACAGCCAUGAUUCAUGAUUCUCAAAUGACCGACCACUCUGGCGAACUCGAGGGGCCAUGAAAGAGAGUCCUCAAGGUUGAACCGCACAUCAACCGAGGUGGGGUGCCGUGAAGGAAGGGUGAAGUGGCGCUGCAGAACUGAUUUCCCCGGAGGUACUCAAUCUUUAGGCGGAGACUUCCAGUUUAG